AUAGAGCAGAUGAAACCUUGCAGUCCUCAGUGGAAGACAACCGGUCACCGGAGAGAAAGAAACAGAUAAAGAAGACACAGUCUAGGAGGAUAAAGUGGAACAUUUCUCAACAACUUUUUUUUGCUUUUGUUGGACUAUAUAUUGGGGACCCAAAAAAAAACUCCUGCCUGAAGCAACACUAGUGUACUGUACUUUUAAAUCUCCUUUUAAAAAAAAAAGAAAAUAACUUUAACCAUGCUCAACCUCUGCUGCCUCGUGUUGAUGUUAUCUGCCUCCGUUUGUUCAGAGUCGCAGAUGAGGGAGACGGAGACAUGGAUGCCCAUGAAGACCACACAGACGGCCGCCAUGUCAACACACCAUGACGGCCUGGAGUCGUCGGGAGACUCCCCCAACGGCUCCGACUUCGGCUUCACAGACGAUGACGAAGACGAAGAAAACGACUACUACCCCGACGAGAUGUACGAUGAUGAGGAUGAGGAUGAGGAUGAGGACGAGUACGACGAGUUCUCUGGAUCUGGUGACAAAGCAACAACUGUGUCACCUGGAAGAGAGUCCAAGCCAUCAGUUAAGCCUGAUGUGAAUGACAACAAGAUCCCAGAGGUGGAGCGCCCGGUGCAGCCAACCGUCAACGAGGUGGACAUCGUCCAGAACCGUAACGAGAUCCCCCUGCUGACAAAAGAGGCCGAGCCCGCCGAGGAGCACCCAUCCAACGUCCUCAUGUCCCACGCCAGCGACGACAGCAUCUUUAACAAGACGGAGGUCCUCGCAGCUCUGAUCGCGGGCGGCGCAGUCGGCCUGAUGUUCGCCGUCCUCCUCAUCCUCCUCCUCAUCUACCGCAUGAAGAAGAAGGACGAGGGCAGCUACGAGUUGGGGAAGAAGCCCAUCUACAAGAAAGCCCCCACCACAGAGAUCUACGCAUAGACCCUCAUCUCCCCCACCACACACACACAAACACACACCUCACUUCCUUAACCCCUAAAAACCCCAAUCAGGGCCAGCGUCUGGCCUCACAGUGCCUCAUCAUCAUCAUACCUCCUCAUCCUCACUUUUCUUCAGCGGAUUGACGCUCGAUAACAAAUCAGGAGAGAAGCCCCGACAACACAAUCGAUUGACUGACUCCUCCUACCUGAUGUAUGCUAAUGUUAUUGGUGCUCUCUUAACCAAUCAGAGCCUUUGUUGGUCCUCUCGUCCCUCUCUUUUGUUUUUUGUCAAACAAGGAAAAAGGAGCAACAAGAGUGGACAAUUUUCAGCUGCGGUACACGGUGAUCAUUUGUGUUUUUUAUUAUUUUGUCCCCAUGUCAAGAGAAAAAAACAACAGAACUUACAACUGAGGACUUGGAGAACUUUCAACUCCGCUUUCUCAGCGUUUCCCUUCCUCUUUUCUUUCCCCACCUUCCCGUUAAAAACACUAACACUGUGCAAUGAUUCUUUGUCUCGGUAUGGUACACAUCAACAGUCCAGUUAUUUAUUUUCCCUCUCUUAUUCCUCUGAAUCUGUUUCUUGGACUGCGGCUUCUCACGUUACUGUAGCAAAUGACUUUUAUGUGAACAUUUUUAUUAGCAUUUUUUUUAAAAACCUCCUUGUAAUGCAGAGAGAUUUCAGAAUUUUUUUUUCUAUUAAAGAUCCCUUCAUGAUGGGAAUGAAUUGAGCUCAUGUCGUUCAAAUUUAUUUUGAUUUGAGAAAAUAUACAUCACUGUAACACUGUAGAUUUACUCUCCAUCGUCUGAUAGAACUGAUGUUAAUAAUUACAAGAUUUGUUAAUUUUUAUCCUCACAGUGCUCCUACUAUUACAGUGAGGGGAGAGACUGUCAAACAAAGGUCAAGAAGUAUUUGCAAAUCAUUGUUUCUGUCUAUUUUCACCAGCACAAAGUGCCGAACGAACACCGUAAGAUAAUAAAAAUACGUUUAUACUUUUUCUUUAAACCUUCUGGCAUGUUUUGUAUUUCCUCCUGUGGGGAAAGUCCCAUCAGUCUGGCACGUAGAGUCUGAUAAGUAAGCUAUACUAAUCCAGAAAAAGAAUUUGCAAAUACUGUAUGACCAAGGUCACACACACACAUACACAUACACAGCUACACAGCCACACAGUUGCAUAGCAGAGUGUUAAAGAUGUUUUACCACUAUAAUAAUUACCGCUGUGCCUCCAGGGUAUGUUUUCUGUUAUUGUGGUGAACUCGACUGGAGUCAAACCAACAUGCUCCUACAAGGUGACACACCUACAUUCCUCACACACACACUCACACACACAGCUCAGUCAUGUGCAAUGGGAGCAAAGAUUCAACACCAUGACAACCGAAGCUGCUGACUUUCUUUCACAGUAACAUUCAAGCUUGAAGGAAUAGUUUGACAUUUUAGCGGAGAGUUGGAUGAGAAUCGAUACCUCUCUCAUUAUCAGUCUGUUAAAUAUGACUCUACAGCAAGCAGGUGGUUAGCUUAGCUUAGCAUAAAGACGGGAAACCGCUUGCCUGGCUCUAUCCAACAACUCAAGACAGUUGCAUGAUCACAGAGUUGGCCGUGUGAGAGUUGAAGAUACUGUACGCUGACGAUAUAACACUAUCUAUCAAAUUUGGGUUUAAUUGCAUGUGGAAAAUUGAGUUUCCUGAUCAUAAUUACAACUUGGAAGUUGACAUGAACGCUUGUUGAACUGUCGUUUUUACACAAAUGAGAUAUAACCGGUUCAUCACUGAGUUUUAAAGGUCCUAGUAGAUGGAUUCUGUCAUCUUUUGGACGGUAAAAGUACAUAAGCGUAUUACCCGAGAUGUCAAACUAUCCCUUUAACUCUGCCUCUUUAAGUCUGUGAAGCUUUCCCCGUCAUGGUGCUUAUCAUCCAUUAACUUGUAAUAACUUUUCUAUUCAUGGAUCCAGUAAAUUAUGUGAUUAUUUGUCCAAUGAAAAGACAUUUUAAGCUCUGUGAUCGGAGAAACUGGUAGUUUUGGUACUUUCUGUUGUUUUUUUUUUGUUCUUUUAAUCAUGGGGUUGAUGUUUUCUCAAUAAGCUACACCGACAAUGUGUUGUUAGGUUUAUAUUUUCAUUAUGGGGUCUAUGAGCAAUCACUAUGAACAAGUUUGAUGCUCACAUUUCAUAGCUGAAGACAGCAGCACACAGACUGGUCUACCAAGGAUUUGUAUAUAGUCAUUAGAUAAAAAUAACAAAAAUGGAAAAAAAAGUUUAACUUGGUACUUAGCCACGUCCUGGCAACAAAAAAUAUCUACCAAAUAUUUAAAUGCCAAAUUGUUUUUCCUGUUUUAUUUUUGUUUCCCCCAACAGUAACGUUCAUGUGAUUUACUGUAAAUGUAAAUGAGAAAACUGUUUUGAUACUACCAAUGCUAAUACUAACUCGCCUUCUCUCAUUGAUCUCCAGUGUUUUGUUUUUUUUCCUCCAGUAGAUCAACUUGUUCCCUUUUUUGUAUUAAUUUAACUGUCAAAUUAUUUUAUUGCCUUCUUUCAGGUUGGGGUGUUUCCCCCUUUUUAAGCUGUUGUAUAUGUGAUUUUAAAAGUUUUAUAUACACUAGUUUGAGAUUUUCAGAGGCAAAUAGUUUUGAAACUUUUUAUUUUGUAAGAGUUUCUAUUAUCUUUUAGACUUUUUUGUUUUUGCUUUUGUAUUUAUGUUUUUUGUUUGUUUGUAGAAGGAUUGCUUAUGUGGUUGGUGUUCAUCUCGUUGUUCAGGGGAUGUGAUGAGCCAUGUUGUCCGUAGCAGACCUGGGUUGAUUACUAGCUGACAACUUUCAGCUUUUCUUUUGUUGAUCUUGAUUUUGCUAACAUGUAUUUGAUAAUUCAAGGUCGCUGCCUACACGAGCUGCCACGCAGUUAUUGAAAUGUCUUGACAUUGGGUUCAAGGCUUUUUAUCUCCCCAAGAAACAAAAAGAAUUUAAUCCAGAAAACACUGAUACUUGUUUCAGCAACUAUCAGAUGACCUUGACCUCAGACAGAAAAGUAACUCUGAUUAGAUUUAGACAUAAUCUGUCAACUUCAGCAAAUUAAAUAACUUCACUGUCUUUUUUUGAUGGAGUGAACACUUUCCAGGUCAGCUGUCUCGUAAAAAAAAAAACCUUUCAGUUGGUAAUCAUCCCCAGGUCUGGUCAGUGAGCAUGGGAGAGAUACGUAUGUUCUGCUGCUUAAUGUCACAAACACCACAUGUGAAUCACCAAUGGAGUGGAGAAGCCAAUGAAUCAUUGGUUUCUGCAUGCAGGUUCUGAUUUAUUAUUGGAAAUAAAGCUAUUUUUAUGCACAUUAA